AUGUUUUUCACCGGAAGUCUCUUUCGUCUCCACAACCUUGAGAUCUCUCCAUCGCUUCCCAGAGGAAAUCUCAGAUUCACUGUUUCUUACUCCGGCUAUGUGUCCCAAAACCUAGCCACCGCCUCCAGAAAAUCCAAUACAUGCCGAAUUUUUCACGAGGUUAUUUCUCGUCCUCGUAUAUUCCAGAAUCCCGACCGAGAUCCCGUCGCCGGGUACGGUCCGGCAGCAAAGGCGGGUUCAAGGUGUUCAGUUUCGGCGUAUGCCACUCUCGCAUGUGAUUUUCUUGGCGUUGAGACCUCCUCCAAACCUUCUCCCCUCGUUGUUGGAUUGAUCUCGUUGGCGUCUUGCAUGAUUCCGUUUUUCCAAGGGUCGAAGUGGCUCCCAUGUAACGAGAUUAACAGUACGGAGGUUGAUAAAGGCGGUACUAGCUCGACGAAGUCCAAUCAGACUACUACUGAUUGCGGGAAAACCUGCAAUGUUGCAUGUACCAAAAUCAUCGUUGAGAGGAACAAUUGGUUUUCAAAACUAUUAAGUGUUUGCUCCGAUGAUGCUAAGGCUGCCUUCACCGCUUUGAGUGUCAGUAUCUUAUUCCGAUCGCAAUUGGCUGAACCAAGAUCCAUCCCCUCUGCAUCCAUGAGCCCUACCCUUGAUGUGGGUGAUCGCAUAAUGGCCGAAACGGUUUCAUACAUCUUUCGGAAGCCAGAAGUUUCAGAUAUUGUGAUCUUCAAGGCUCCUCCCAUUCUUCAGGGGUCCACUUCCGGUGAAAAACAUUGUCCCUUCUCUACUGUGUUCCGUGAAAUGAUACUCUUCUACAUUAUGCAGCCAUGUUGUAUAAUCUUAGCCAUUACACCUGCAAAUUCAGAUUUGGCAAACUCAUAUGCACUUCAAAUGGAUGGGAUUGUUGAUCCUGAUGGUAAUUAUCAAAUAUACUAUGCUUUGUUAAUGAGUGCAAAAGACAUUCCUUCAAAUUCUGAGGAAGUUGAUCCUAAAUUACAUUUUUACCCCUAUUUUGAAACUUUAUGGAUCAUGGAUCUGUCAUCUGGUAUCAUUCAAGAAGUGGUCAAAGGAUCUUCAAAGAUUAUAGAGAUCUGUGGACAGUUGAUAAAGGAGAAAUCAUCCCUCGUAAAAGAAAUACUGCCUAGUCAGCAGCUGCCACAAAAUAAUUUCUCGGUGGAGGGUAUUUCACGUGCGGGUCUGUUUUAUUUUGUGUUUCUUGCAGAAACUUUGGAUGUUGUUCAAGACAUUGAUUGGGUCAUUUCUCUUGGAAAUGCUUUUGCAAAGCAGUAUGAGCUUUAUACAUAUGAUGAUGAGCAUUCUGCACUACUUCACAAUGGAGUUCUGGCUUGGUGUGUGCGAGUGGGAAGGAACCAACCCAAUGCCCCCGGAGUUCUGGCACCUUCCAUCUUUACUUCCUAUGUAUCCAGCUGUGUUUGCUCUAAGGGAGAUCAACUUAUCAAAAGUAACCUUCUCAACAACAACAUUCUACUUAAGCAGGUGAGUAAUCAAGAUUAAGGGAGACUUGUAAUCAUGUUUGACAUUCCUUUCCAGUAAGAAACAAAGUUGUAUGAUUAUUUGUUAGUUAUAUAUGAAUGUAUAACCCAUGUUAGCAAUGUAUUAUUUUUGUUUA